AUGUUCCGACACGCGACCGCAGCGACUGCACUGCCCCCGCUACCUGCGUACGAUGGCAUUGGUGGCUCACCAUCAUACUAUUGUGAUAACGCACCAGUGCGUCGUCAGCCCCCAAGAAACCCAAAUCGCUUCAUGUCGAGGGAGCAUUCAACGCAAGCAGAAGGAGAUGUUGGGCAUGAAGGCUCGUCAGAGAAUCCUGUCGAUCGCGCUAUUCGAGAAGAUGAUGAGCUUAAAGAGAAUGAUAACGAUAUGGAAGCUCUUCAAGGACGCAUGGAGAGUGAAGAUGAUGGGAGUGGGAAUGAGAUGGAUCAACCGCCAACUAUCCCAGUACAAGCACCCAGGGUACUACACUUUUCGGGCAACAAUGAUUCCACGUCGGUUGCCUUCAGAGGAAUGCAGGCCUUGUCUACUGAAGACCAAUACGACCCCACGUAUUUGAUGAUGCAGCUCUUCGAUAUCACAGUGGAAAAUCGCCCCAAACUGCUUAGCGAUGGACCAUCUCUAAGGCUGGCGCUCAGUGUACUGGAUCGCACUCCGGAUGUGGACAACUUUUCGGCAAUGAAGAAGAAGCGCCACAUCGGUAACGACUUCGUCCACGUUGUGUUCAAGGAAUGCGACGAAGACUACGACCUGCGAACACUAUCUGGACAGUUUAAUGACGUACAUAUCGUCAUUCAACCUGUGAACGACCGCGAAUAUCGCACAGAGGUACACGUGAAGGCAGGGAUCCCACCGUUCGGUCCACUGUACGGCAAACAGAUCGUCUCGAGUUCCAUUAUCUCGGAGGCUGUGCGGCUCACAUGUCUGAACGCCAACCUGGCGUGCCAAGUGUUCCACCAGGACCUUGUGGGGUUUGCCUUGAAUUGUGAAGAACGACUGAAGCAAAUUGAGCAGUUGGGGAUUCGACUGGCCACCGCAGACGAAUGGAAACUCGACGAGUGA